AUGUUCUUCCCCACAGCCCUGCAGUGGCCCGACGACUGGUUUCGCCACAUCUUCCGUGUCAGCCGCCCGACUUUCGACCGCCUGGUCUAUCUUCUCGAGGGAGAUCCCGUGUUUCGGCAGACCGGACCGAAGCCGCCGCGUCCAGUUCGUUACCAGCUCGGGACGUUCCUCAUCCGCUACGGCAUGCUGGGCACCGAUGCUCUGCGAACGGCCAUGAUGAUGGGCAUUUCCAAAGGCGCUGUAUACGAUUAUUGUCGGCGUGUCACACGAGCCCUUCGGAAGAAGGGCCUGCAAUGGACGAAGUGGGGCGAUCGUUCAGAGACGAAGCAGUGGGUGGCGAGGAAAUUGCGAGGACUGGGGAACUGCGUCGGUAUGCUAGAUGGGUCUCUGAUCCAGCUCACCGAGCCCCCUGCAGGCUCUUUUGGGUCGUUCUUCUGCCGCAAAAAGUUCCCUGCACUUAAUAUUCAAGUCAUUGUUGACCAUCUUCGACGGAUAAUCGACUUUGAUCUUGGGUGGCCAGGAUCAUUGGUCGACGUGAUGCUGUGGAAGAAAUCAUGGAUUUGGGAGCACCGCGAUCUAUUCUUCGCCCAUGGUGAAUUCGUAUUGGCUGAUAAAGGCUAUCCGUCUUCGCCCUUUGUACUUCGCCCAUUUACGCAGCCCGAGGUCGAUGCAGCACCACGUGCACGUGCACGUCGGAUGCGCCGUUUCAAUUAUUUGCUCUCCUCCGCACGAGUCCGAGUUGAGCAAGCUUUUGGGCUGCUCAAAGCUCGUUUCCCGGGGCUCAAGCUCUUUGGUACCCCUACCGACAUUGAAGAUGCCUAUCGUGUCAUCGAAGCAUUAAUCGCUGUUCACAAUUUCUGCAUCGACAUUGGUGACCGGCCGGAAGACAUUCCGAUGUUCGACAUGUCGGACGACUUGGCCGAUGCGGGUGUCCACGAGAAUCGACAGACAUAUCUGGACGAUAAUGGUGCAUACGAUGGGGAGGAUGACAGCGAAGAGGAUGAGCAGUUGCGACGGCUUGGUUUGCAAUUUCGAGAGGCUGCUUUAGAUCAUGUUGUUCCCCCUGGUUCUAUAUAA